AUGUUCUUCAUCAGCGCCAUUGUGAAGAACAUUGCGCCCGUAUUCAUAGCAACAAGUCCAAUCACCAGCUAUGGCGACCAAAUCUACAGCAUGCACCGAGCCCGCAGCUCUGCCGGCUUCUCCCUCGACAUCCCGCUCAUCAUGCUCGUCGCGAGCAUCCUGAAAGUCUACUACUGGUUCGGCGCCCACUUCAGCACCUCGCUGCUCGUCCAGGCUCUCCUCAUGAUAUGCGUCCACCUGCUCCUCCUCCAUGUCGCGCUUACGAACCGACCGCCGCCCUCGCACCUCCCCUUUCAACAUAAAGACGUGUCGAACCGCCCAUACGACUUCUGGCAAUGGAGGGCGCCGAGACCCUAUUGGACAUUCAUCACCUACUUUACCGGCGUGUUGCUGGUGCUGCACUUGGUCAUGUCGUCGACAAGCAUUUUCGUCCCGUACACGGAUCUGCUGGGUAUGGUUGCGUUGACGAUUGAGGCUACGCUCCCGCUCCCGCAACUCCUGGCUAAUUACCAGAGACGCGGGUGCAAAGGCUUCAGGCCCAGUGUGAUUGUCAACUGGGUUAUCGGUGAUACGUUCAAGAUGUGGUUCUUCUUUGCUAGUAGCAGUGGUGAAGUACCUUGGGCUUUCAAGGCAUGUGGUAUCUUCCAGGCAUGCUGUGAUCUGGGCCUCGCAGCGCAGUAUUUGAUUUGGGGUGACGGGCCUGUGGGUGUCGAGGGACUGGGAAGAGAGAAAGAGGUUCGAAGCCCAAUUCCACCUGGGGAUGGAUGGAAUGUUGAGAAGCUGGGACAAGCAGGUGUGACAGGAGACAAACAAGGUAUGGCCCGAAGAUCUGAAGAUCCCAAAGAUUCGAAGACAGACGACCUGAGCAUAGUAGCCAAUGACGCGCGUAAGAGUGCAGCACUACAACGUAGAGCUGUAUGGAAAGUGGAAGAUGCUGAGAGAACGGAGCAGGAGAAGCGAGACGCUGUGGAGAAGGCUGCAUCGGACCAACGAACGAAGAAACAUGAAGAUGCUGCCAUAUCAAAAGCAAAGGUUGAGGAGAAAGAGCACGUAGAACAACAAGCAAAGCAAAGAGAGGAUGUCUUUUUAGCGGAGGAGGGCGAUCUUGUUUAG